AUGAGGAAUCUGUCACCAGCAUUCCAGAAGAUGAUAAACCAACUAAAUCAAGCGAAGGGAAAUCGAGUCGUUUGGCUCAUCAUUGAGAUGCCUACAGUUCGAGAUUCGGAUUUGGAGCUUUAUCUUGCUAGAGUUCAAGAACUCGAUAAACAACGACAACGAUUACCCAGAGAUAAAGAACCACCGAAACCCAAACCCAAACCAAAUGGACUGUCACCUGCUUACAAUGCGUCUGACUAUGAAAAGGCUCAAAAUAUACUCAAUGGUAACUAUAAAAGUGAACGGUUUGAAGUCCCACAGUCAGACUUAGAGGAAUCUUCGAUUUCGUUUGGAUCUGCAUACAAUUAUGAACAGACGUAUUCCCCCAAGAAAAGGGAUUCUGCCCGAUUUGAGAAACCAAAAUCUCUAGGAUCUGCGUUUGAGUUGAAAAAUCACUCUUUUUCAGGCAACACGCGAUCGAAAACGUAUACGGUAUCUGAAGAGGAUUAUUUGUUACUUCAACGCUUGAAAGACAAGACCGGAGGUGCCAACAGCCUCCCGUCUCGUGGGAAGCCCAGAUUGGUUUUCGAGGAUGAAGAAGGCCCUCCUCUGCCGAUGCGGCAUGUGCAUUCCAAACCGGAGAACAUUCCCAAUGUUUCAGUAUCGCCCCAAAAUGAGGAAUCUCCACCGCCUUUACCCAUCAGAAAGAAUGUAGAAAACUCUAGUUAUCCGCUAAAGGUAUCUACAGGGAAAGAAGGUUUGAUCGGACGUAAUUUCUCCUUAAGAAACGUCUCAGGGAAGGGUUCGGAUGUCGUUGUUCCUAAUUUGAAAUCGAGAAAACCUCACUUACAACCAAUCGAUAAAAAAAGUCCUCCUGCAACCGGUAAGGCGGCCAAAGAUUUGGAAUUAUCAAAACCUCUACCGCCCCUCCGCUCUAGUCGCUGUGUGCGUCCAGACACUGCACCUGAGAGAAGGGCUCCGAAUAUGUUUGAACUCCCCAAUAGAAAGAAAACGGCUGAUUCGCUUCCGCCUCGAACUACCAACAUCCGCGGAACAGAAAAUCUAACCCCGAAGCAGCUGCCCCUGGGCUUAUCUUCGUCCAUUGAAACUCCAAUGGUGCCCAAGAAACCGGUCUUUUUGAAAACAGAAGCAAAUGAUAAAGAAGUAGUUACCAAACAUUCCAAGCCAAAGCCACCAGUUCCUGAGAAAAAGACGUACUUGGCUCCACAAUCCAAAGAUCAACCUGCUAAAACAGAAGCAUACGCCAAACUCGCCAGUCUUAAGACUAUUCCGCCGACUCCUACGAAAAAGGCAGAAGUGCCAGAGGGUCUCACGAAGAAACUGGUAAAGGCUCCGCCAGUGCCCACACGUAAGAUAUCUAUGCCAGAAGCGCUUAAGCGAGUGGAGGAAAUGAAGGCUAGAGAAUCUAAAGCGCAAAGAACAGGAAUUUCAGGGUCCAAACCGUGGCAACAAAAUGACAACGCUGAACUCGCCCAGGUUUUACAGCGAUUGAAACCAACUCAAUCUAAUCCAAUCUCAAAAGUCGGUACACCGGGUAAAAGGAACGACGUUUCGACACUCAAUUUUGAAGACUUUGUCGCUAAAGAGAAGCGAAGUAGCGCUCCUGCACUUGAGCAUCAACAGAAAAACGGCACUAGUUCCGUAGAAAGUCUCGCCUCAAGCUCUUCUAGUACUCUGACUCACGUUACCGCCAAGAGAAGCCGUGGUCCCAAGCGGAAACCUCCCAAGAAUAUAUAA